AUGGCAAAUAAGAUACAAAAGCAAAAAAUAGCCGUCAAUUACAAAGUCAAAGAACCUAUAAGCAACUUCAAAAUAAGGUAACACCUUCAAGUUUCAUUUGUCGUUGUAAUGCGCCAUGAAGUUUUGCAAAUGGCAAAAAGAAAUCAUAAAACUAUCGUUCGUCGUGCUGUUCGUUUUUGUUAGUUGCAGUAUACAUUGAAACAUACAAUUAAUACUAUUGAGGUCGUCUUGUCAGUCAAAAAAAAGUCAUUGUGAGAUUAAUGCCGAUUGAUAGAUCAACUGCGAUUUUUUGGCCGCCGAAACUUGUAUCAGACGUGUCGAUAGAAUUAGAACGUCGGCCAUCUGGCAGAGGUUGUUUCCACCUUCUAAAUUGUAUUUAUCUUUCGCGUGUUUAUUGUUACAGAGUCAAAAUCGUGCAGCAAAGGCCUUUGCUUGCAGAACUACUCGAGAACGAAGGGGAUACCAGGGACUCGAAUUUCCUCGAGGAGGAGGAUCGUAUUUUUGGCUGGCAGGAAAAAGUAUUCAGUCCGUUCGAAGUAAGUUUCUACAGGGAGGAGACGAAUUGCCUGACCGAAUGUCAGAAAGUAUAUUACCAGCAAAUCAAGGAGAGGAGCAUCGAAGGUUCUCAACUUUACACUUACACUCGGAACGAUUCGUAUUAUUUGGGCGAUGAAUUGUUAACGAAACGUUAUAAGACAAAGUUGGCGAUUAAGAAUCAAACGGCGUUACCGGCCUUGCAAAAUCGCAAACCGUUCUCUGAAAGGCACAAUAAAACGGUCGUCGACGAUGUACCUGACGAAACAAGGAUCCGAACGAACCAUUAUCUCUAUAUGGAGCGUUCCACGAUGUAUGUCAUGGUUGAUUUAUCUCAACGAGAUAAAAUCUUAACAAGCACCGACGAGGAUACGGAAAUAGUGCUACUAGCGAUUACGUACAAUGGACUGAAUAAAAUUUUAACGGUGAAUCCUGACUUCACGGACGAUCAUUGUUAUACUAUAACGAAUUCCAGCGGUAUUCGAUUUAAUUAUUGGCUGGAGCAUGUUUCCGAGAAACAAUCGUCAUUGGAAUUACAGCAACAACAAAAUGAAUCGCGAAAAGAAAUUAAGGAAUGUCUGAAACAUAGAGAAGCAGAAAUAUUUCACAGCUUCCAGUUAGUAUCAUCAAAUGUAUAUAAAUUUUUUAUAAAAUUGGACAUUUUGUCGGCUCAUGAUUUCUUUUUUGAUGGACUUUGCAUUUCCUAUUAUGUUGAUUUGCCAGAACAUUGGAAUACAAGUCAGAUUGAUAGAUUGUUCGGAAGAACUCAGAGAUGUAAUUUAAAAAAUAAUUCGGCAUAUUUUAGUUAUGCAACUGAAAUAUCAUUAGAUUUUCAAUCUACAGUUAUGCUUGAUGCAAACACUGUUUUAUUAUCUUGGCCACGAUUAUUACUAUCAGUUACAUCACUUGACAGCUGGUUUAGAUACCGCACAGAAGGUUACGCUAUGAUACCUUUGCCUGUACUACCUGGUUUAUAUAAAUUUAACAUCCCAACUUGGAGACCAACAGGAAGUAUCAUUAACACUCUUAGAAGAUUUUUUACAGGCAGUACUUAUGAACUGGAAGACAUAACUUAUUGUAGUAUUCCAAAAGGAUAUGAGGAUAAAAUGUUGAAUAAGUCACACUUAAAUGUUACAUCAAGUGGUUACAUAAAGUUAAAUAUGAAUAUUAUUCAUCAAACUCAUAGUUCAAUUAAACAUGGUGAUCAGUUAGAUUAUUUUCAAAGACUGAGUACAGAUAAACUUAUGACUAAUAUAGACAAUAUUUUUGAACAAUUUAAAGCAGCCAGAGAACGUAUGCUGCAAGUUAGAAAUUUAAACAUUUAAUUAUUCAAUAUAAAAUGAUUGUCAUGAAAAAAAAAAUCUUUGAUACAAAAUAUUUGAAAAUAAAUUUUUUUUAAAAUAUAUUUAAUGAAUUUUAAUAUAUUUAAUAUAUUUAAUGAAGUAAAAUAUUAUAAUUUUUUUUACUAAGAGUUGAUAAAACAAUGGUGUACCUGUACUUUCAGAAUAUUUAUUUUUUAAGUUACAAAUAUAUUUUGUUAAAUAUUGAUUGAUAUUAUGGUUGAAAAUUGCUUUAAGUUCACAUAUAAUAUUUAAAUUAUUUCUUUACAGAUGUUUCUAAACAGCGAUACAUAA